UUGAAGGCGUCGGUGUGUUGUAGUUUAUUACUGUUGUGUUCGUAAUAUAGCGUGUCAGUUGUGACGUUUGGUAGUAAAUCGUUUCCUCUUAAUUUGAAGUGUGACUUUAAGGACUUUGACGAAUUUAGGAGUUCAUUGCUGUUGAAGUUGUUUCAUUUGGUACAAAAAUCUAUUACCCAACCCAUAUCCUCAAGCAUAAUGGGAGUAUCAGAACCCAACUGUUCCUCAACACCAGAUCUUCCUCCCCACGAUCCUGAGCGUCCUGGCUCUGGCAGUGGGGUGGACGAGGAAGACAUCCCCAGAAGGAAGCAAAGGCGGUAUAGGACCACCUUCACUAGUUACCAACUUGACGAACUGGAAAAGGCUUUUGGGAGGACGCAUUAUCCUGAUGUAUUUACCAGAGAGGAGCUCGCAUUAAAAAUCGGGCUCACAGAAGCAAGAAUACAGGUAUGGUUCCAAAACCGGCGAGCGAAGUGGCGUAAGCAAGAAAAGGUGGGGCCACACGCGCAUCCGUACAGCGGGUACUUGAGCAGCGGUCAGCCAUUACCGACGACCAAUAUGCCUGUUCCGCCGCAUUCAUUGAGCCAGCUAGGCUUCGGACUGAGGAAGCCAUUCGACACCGCUUUAGCCUCUUUCAGGUACGCCAACUCACCAUUAUUCGGAGCGCAGUACCUUCCAUCGCUCUCUCGCCCGCCACUUUUCGGGGCCCCACUAUACGCUACAUCGCCCGCUCACUUCCACUCUCUGUUCGCCAACCUACCCAUGCCCGAACUACCUCGUUAUUCACCCGAACAUUCCCGACUGUCGCCCGAAGUCACCCGAUCGCCAGCCCCGUCGAUUUCCCCCCCAAUAUCACCAGGGAGUGAAACUCUACCACCAUCGGAGGAUGUCAGGAGUUCUAGUAUAGCAGCGUUGAGACUCGCGGCGAGGGAACAUGAACUUAGAUUAGAGUUGUUGCGACAAAGAGCAGAUUUAAUUUGCUGAUGAUUUGGAUAAAUGUACAUGUUAUUUUAAAGGUAGUUUUAAGAAAUCUUUUAUUCCAUUUUUAUUAUAAAUUAUUUUCCAUUGUUUUUGAUUUGUUAAGCUUUUGAGAAUUUUAUGCGUUUUAGCAAGACUUCCAUAAGUAACCAUUUUGUAUUUCCGUUUUCUUCAUAUUAGCUGUUUAUGCGUAAUUUAUUUUCUUUUGCUUAUUCUCUAGCUAAAACUCUUGCUAAGUUUGUAAUUUUAGAUAAUUACCUUCAGGUAUAUUUUGUUUUACGA